CCAGAACGUCCAGAACCUCAAAAAGUCAAAAUGAAAAUAGUGCCAAAGGAAAGAAAAGAGAUGUGUUGUUUUGUUCUGUAAUGAGUUUUAUGAGAAAAGUUUAUUUGUCCAAAGCGGAAUAAUUUUCACAAUCUACACUGAGUGGUUGUUCUGUGAAGGGCAGUGAGCUGACGCUCCCACUGGAGGCUGAUGGUGGAGGGGGAAGCUAGGACCAAUGGGCAACUGUUUCUCUCGAGGUAAGGGCCGACCUCCCCCCCCUCCUCUCACCGCACAAAAACUCAAGGAAGGGACACCGACUGUACAGAAACAUACUCAAGAAAUUAACUGGGAAAUGUGCAGUGAACAGCGGGAGCUUCAGAGAAAUGGGAACAGUGUUUUGAGUGAGCCUCUGGUGCGUGAGAAGAGUGUUCGGACGUUCUGUACACGUGUUGGCCGCACCAGUAGUGAGGCCAAGAUAGGUAAGGCAGUGUCGGAGACGCGACUGAACACACUGUUCGACAACUAUCGUGACUCUACAGAAGACAGCAUAUUGGCGGACGGUAUAGAGAGGUUGUGUGCGGACCUCAAUCUUUCACCAGACGAGUUCCGAGUAUUGAUCCUCGCGUGGAAGUUGGAUGCAUCGCAAAUGUGUCGGUUUACACGAGAUGAGUUUGUCAAGGGUUGUCGAGCUAUGCACGUUGACACAGUCAAAGGUAUCCAGACUAAACUGCCAGAGUUGGAAGCAGAAGUGUUAGAGAAUGCAGAGUCGUUCAAGGACCUCUACCGGUUCACAUUUCGGUUCGGCUUGGACGUUUCAGUUGGCCAACGAAUCCUAGCCUGCGACAUGGCUAUUGACCUCUGGAGGCUCGUCUUCUCCGGGCAGGAACCUCCGAUUCUCAACCGGUGGUUGAGGUUUCUGGAAAGCCAUCCACAUGCUCGUGGUAUCCCCAGAGACACGUGGAACAUGUUCCUCAACUUUGCAGAGGCUGUAGGAAGCGACUUGUCAACCUAUGAUGACACCGAGGCAUGGCCAAGUAUCUUUGACGAUUUUGUUGAGUUUGAGAACGACCAGGCCAACCAAAACAUUACUAAGGAGAGAGAAGAAGUCAUCAAACUGAGUCAGUGGAGCAGCUAGGCUUGCCUUGUUCCAUUCACUGGACAGGUUGUACUUAUUUGGAUAUCCUAACUGCAGAAAACAGCUUACAAUACAUUGUAUGGCUGUUUUAGGGACCUUUUUAAAAAUUAUCGUGUAAACAAUGUGUGAUCUUUGAGCAUAACAAGAUAGUUAUCAGUGAACUGUUUAUUUGUGUUUUAUACAUUAAAAUUAAUCUGUUUUAUGAAGCAUACAAUUAAAAAGUGUUAUUUUACUCAUUA